AUAUCAAGCCUGUCGUUGUAGGGAAAAUUUUAUGAGGCUUGAGAGGGCAAUUUCUCAAAAUUUUCACACGAAAGAGGUCGUAAUACGCCUCCAAAACCACAUGGAAUUAUCAGAACAUUAAUGAUGGAGGAAGGUGUAGGAUCUUUUUGCCACCUCUCUUAAGGAAUAGGAAUAUUAUGUCAAACAAGCACCUCAAGGAGUUAAAAUGAUGCGACGAACGAGCGAAUCGUCGCAAUAUCACGAUGAAACUCCGCGCAGAAAAGCUCGCAGGACACCUUCUCACGACUCGGAAAGACUUCACAGCAACGUGCCAGAAAAUGUACCAACCUCACCAUAUUCGGAAAGGUCAUUCCACUAUAUGGGACCUCAUGGGGCUGGAACAGCUCCAAGUCCAACUCGCUCCACUCAACCUGUUAGUCCUCAUCGAAAUUUCCCUCACCAUUUCCAGAGAAGUUUUAGUCAACCUGUAGGAUCAACAGGAGAACUCUCUCCAAGAUCUCCAUUUCCUCAUUCUGUAGUUUCACCUUCACAUUACCCGUCUUCAUCUCCUAUGUAUGUAUCUCCAGCACCUUCUCCUUCAGCACCUCCUGCUACGCCCUCCUGUGCAACACCCAGUAGUGUUACAUACACUCUUUCUCAUGGACCAGGCUCAGUAAGCCCAAGAGGCACUACGUUAAAAACUCCUGACUUUUAUCCUGGCUUAGCUGAUACGUCACAGUUAAGUCCUGCAGAUCCAAACUUUCCAAUACCGUAUUCCUCUGAACCUAAAUUUCCGGAUUUUCCAAGCCCAAGAGAACAGCAAUUUGUUUACAGUGGAGGCGGACACUCUCCUGGAGGAACCAUUCACCAUCUUGGAUAUAAUACCCCUCACAGAACCCCAACACUUCAGAGUCCAGCAGCAUUUCCAAAUCAGUUGUCACCUGGUGCAGCAACAUCUCGAACUCAGUCUGUGGCAAGUCCCCAGGGUUCUAUGAAUCCUCAUGCUGCUCUGAAUGUUAGUAGAACUCUUGGAAUUCCAAGUAGAGUAGGAGAAAAAUCUACUGUGCUAGGAGGGGAGUUUUCAGAAAUGACAAAAUUGCGGCAGUUUAUCAUUAGUUAUUACAAUGGAGAACUUGAAACAUUAAAAGCUAAUUAUCGUGAAAAACUCCAAGAGCUCUGCUUUCUUCAAAAUGGAGGAAAUAUGAUGGAUUUCUUGUUGUGGAAGAAAAGACCAAACCCAGCAUUUCAAGCAUUUUUUAAUUCUAAUCGUUUAGAUGAUGCGUCUGGUACAAAUCCUACACUAUCACCAAUGACAGCGUCACCUAGGCUAUUCAAGUGGCCGCAACAACAAUCUGAGUCUAGUAAUCCUGGAGCAACCAACUACACCUCACUACAGAGACAGGUUUAUGAGCAAGCAGGUCUUGAUCCACGCAAAGCAGUUCCCAGUAAUUUUAGUGGAAAUCCAAGUUUCAAAUCACAGCUAUCAGUUACUGAAGGAAUUGCACCUAAUGUUUCUCCUUUUACUGGAAACCAACCUAUUCCAAGGUCGAAUGUGGGCAGUUCAGUUCCGCCAUAUUCACGAUCACUAUCUUUACCAAAUCCUCCAUUAGAACCACACAUUACACAAGGCCAUAGUAGCAAUCAUUUUGGAAGUGACUCUACAAAUGUUACACCAACACCUAAUCAUACGCCAGGUGUAAAUAUACCACAUGCAGGAGUCUCUAACCCAGCAAUUGCUAAUGGACCUACUUUGCUUUCUCAUGGAGCAAAAUCAACUUUGAACACAAGAAGUCAGUCUUUAACAUCUGUACUUGAGCAACACUCAUUUAUCUCUCAAGAGGAUAUUGCAGUUGAAGCUAAGAAGGAGGCUGAAGUUCUCAAGAGAGUUUCUGAACUUCGUAAGGAAGGUCUCUGGGCUUUAUCCCGCCUUCCUAAAGUGCAGGAAAUGACAAGAUGCAAAGCGCAUUGGGAUUAUCUCUUGGAGGAAAUGCAGUGGCUGGCAACUGACUUUUUACAAGAAAGAAGAUGGAAAAGAGGCAUUUGCAAGAAGCUGUCCAGAGCAGUCUUGAAAUACCACCAGGAGCAGAGAAGCAAAGAAGUGAAAGCAGAGAAGGAGGAAUCUGUCCGUCUCCGAAAAAUUGCAGCAAGCAUUGCCAAAGAAAUCAAGCAAUUCUGGGGUUCAGUUGAAAAGGUGGUUCAAUACAAGGUUCAGAGCAGAUUAGAGGAGAACAGAAAGAAAGCUCUAGAUCUACAGCUAAACUUCAUUGUAGAUCAGACAGAGAAAUAUUCUUCCUGGUUAGCAGAGAGUCUUGCUGUUCCACCAUCCAGUGGUCAUGCCUCUGGAGGGUCCACUGGUCCCUCUUCCCCUGUCUCAUCCAAACCUGAAACAGGUGGUGACAGUGAAUUUGAACUUACUAAGGAAGCUGAUGAUGAUGAAGAAACAAUUGAAAUUGAAGAGGCACAUGAAGAAUCUGCCUCAAGAGAAAAUGAGCUUGACUUGUUAAGACAAGAAAGCGAGAUUCCCCUGGAAAAACUUCUGGAGAGCUUGCCACCAGAAAUGUUAGAAGAGAGAAGUGAUGAAGAUGGCUCUGAAGACGGUGAAGAUUCAUCGGCUGAGGAUGAAAGUGAGGGGUCAAGCAAAGAAAGUGAUGAUAGUGAUGUAGAAGUGGAUGUUGAAGGGAACAACGACGAAGAGGAAGAACCUAAAGAAAAACAGGAUACAACAAAGAUCAAGAAUGCUAGUGGAAGUGGAGAAGUUGCUGAAGCUGACGAAGACUUUGUGAUGACAGAAGGAGGUACAGAAGAUGAUGAACAGACAUUAGAAGAGGAGGAACAGCUGGAAGAAGGAGAUGAUCACAAAAGUGAAAUUGAUAAUCUCCAGAAGGAAGGUGAGAUGCCCAUUGAGGAAUUGAUGAAGAUGUAUAGUGCUGCUGAGAAUGAAUCUACAGAUUUACAGACUGAAGAAGAGAGUUCACAAGAAUCAUCUGAUGAAGAAUUGAGUGAUACUGAGGGGACAGAAUACCUUGUGCAACAAGAGAAAGAUGGAGCCAGUGAAUCACAGAAUGCAGAUUCUGAUCCAGACCAAGAAUUGACAGAUGCUGCAGCAACAGCACAGAGCUUGCAACCUCGAGGAUUCACUUUAGAAACAACUGAUAUUAAAACCAAAGUGCCAUUCCUGCUGCGAGGUGUUCUUAGAGAAUAUCAGCUAAUCGGCCUAGACUGGCUGGUGACUAUGCAUGAAAAGCACCUUAAUGGUAUCCUUGCAGAUGAGAUGGGUUUGGGAAAGACUAUCCAAACGAUUGCACUGCUUGCCCACCUAGCUUGUGAGAAAUGUGUUUGGGGUCCUCACUUGGUUGUGGUUCCCACAUCUGUGAUGCUGAACUGGGAAUUGGAGUUCAAGAAAUGGUGUCCUGGAUUCAAAAUCUUGACUUAUUAUGGCAAUCAAAAGGAGAGGAAAGCUAAGAGACAGGGUUGGACAAAACCAAAUGCUUUUCAUGUUUGUAUCACAUCAUACAAGCUGGUCAUUCAAGAUCAUCAGGCUUUCCGCAGAAAGAAGUGGAAAUACUUCAUUCUAGAUGAGGCUCAAAACAUCAAGAACUUCAAGUCCCAAAGGUGGCAGUAUCUCCUUAACUUCAAUAGCCACUGCAGACUACUCUUGACAGGGACUCCCCUUCAGAACAGUUUGAUGGAGCUUUGGUCACUUAUGCACUUCCUAAUGCCACACGUUUUCCAGUCUCACAAAGAUUUCAAAGAAUGGUUUUCAAAUCCUCUGUCUGGCAUGAUUGAAGGGAGUAGGGAGUACAAUGAAGGACUUAUCAAAAGGCUUCAUAAGGUUCUAAGACCCUUUUUGCUGAGAAGACUGAAGCUGGAGGUAGAAACCCAGAUGCCCAAGAAAUAUGAACACUUGAUCCGCUGCCGCUUGUCUAAGAGACAGCGCUAUCUCUAUGAUGACUUCAUGUCCAGGACUAAGACAAAGGAAACCUUAGAGUCUGGUCACUUUCUCAGUGUUAUUAAUAUUCUCAUGCAGCUGAGAAAGGUUUGUAAUCAUCCUGACUUGUUUGAACCAAGACCAACAGUUUCACCAUUCUACAUGGAAGGCAUUGAGUUCUACACUGCAUCAUUAGUGCUUAGAGCUCUGGAUUAUAACCCCCUCAAGCAUGUCAGCUUUGGUUACUUGAACUUGUGUGUAGCAGACAUUGAAAGAACAGUGACAAGCUAUGCAGCUUUUCGUUCACAAACUCUUCAAACACCUGCAAAAAUGAUUAUAGAAAUAGACUCCCACCCUGAACCAGUCAGGCGGCUGGUCCCUCUGGCAAAACCUCGCAGGAUUUCAUUUUCUGGCCAUCCUGUGCUUCCAUUAAGUGGUGUCAAGACAGAGAUAUCUAACAGUAUUCAUCCAAGUGGACAGCACAUGCCACAUGUUCCCCCUCCUCCUUACUCUGCUCAUCAACAACACAGAGUGCAUCCACCAUACACUCCCGGUGCUAUUCCAUAUGGCAUUCCUCCAGGGCGGUCUCAAGACCAUCCACAACGCCCAGGUUUUGGUGGAUUAUUACCUGGAAGAAUGCCGCCUGGGACUCCUGAAGGACAACAGCCUCACAGCCACUCAACACGGCACAGUGCUGGUGUCCCUACCGGCUUUCCUGCAUCUAGGAUACUUUUGUCUGGAUAUGGAAGGGAAAUGCCCCCUCCUCCACCCUAUCCAGGACCUGGAGCAGGCUAUGAACCUCAGCGUCAGCAUAUGGCAGUAGGGCAGUCACCCUGGUCAGCUUCAGUUCCUUCUGCUACUGGUGUUGCUGUAGAGUCACAUCCAUCUGUCCCUGGUAUUGCAAGCUUUCCAGCAGCUCAGAAUCGAGCACCAGUAGGGCAAACUGUUCAAGAUGGUGUAGCUAGUAGACUUCCCCUUCCUCAUCCUGAACCCAAACCAGUGUCUCCAACAAAGAGAAUUGCCCUAGAAAGUAAAACAACACUUCCUGCUGUCACCCAGGCUAACAAAGAUUCACCAUUUUUCUUGGAGAAUCUUGCUGAGAAAAGGCUCAAGGAAAGAAAGCAGAAGCUUGUGCGCAUUGUACGGGUCAACAGUCGUCAUUCUCAAGCACAACCAGUCUAUGGACCAGAUUUGGUGCAGGCCGUGUCUAUAGUUAAGGAUGUGUGGAGUACAGUUAAACAUUCUGAAUAUUUAACAAACAUGUUGAAAACUCCAGUAGAUCGAGUGACAGAAAUGAAGGAUAUUUUUAGCAGGUUUGUGUUUGCUAUACCAUCUGUGGAAGCUCCUCCCAUCAAACUACAUACAUCCCACCCUCCCCCCUCCUACUUGUCAAAGAUGCAAAACCUUGAGGAAACUCUUCAUGGUGAACUGCUGCCCAAGACGUCAUUCAUGCAUCCAAUUGCUCGGGGCUUGAAGAUGCAGUUUCCAGAAGUGCGUCUUAUUCAGUAUGAUUGUGGUAAACUUCAAACUCUUGAUCUGCUGCUGAGAAGACUAAAAGUUGGAAAGCACAGGGCACUGAUAUUUACCCAAAUGACCAAGAUGCUAGAUGUUCUAGAGAGCUUUUUAAAUUACCAUGGUUACAUCUACCUGAGGCUUGAUGGCACAACAAGGGUGGAGCAAAGACAGGUCUUGAUGGAGCGCUUCAAUGCUGAUACUCGCAUCUUCUGCUUCAUCCUCUCCACACGCAGUGGCGGACUAGGUGUCAAUCUUACUGGUGCAGACACGGUCAUCUUUUAUGACAGUGACUGGAAUCCUACAAUGGAUGCCCAAGCACAAGACAGAUGUCAUCGCAUUGGUCAAACCAGAGAUGUCCACAUCUACAGACUGAUUAGUGAGAGGACAAUAGAGGAAAACAUCCUGAAGAAGGCCAAUCAGAAAAGAAUGCUGGGUGAUAUUGCUAUUGAGGGUGGAAACUUUACCACUGCCUUUUUUAAAGAAACUACACUAAAGGAUCUCUUCACCAUUGAACCAUCUACUGAAGCUACUAACACUCAGCCUAGUAUUACUAAGACAGAGCCCAUUGACGAAGUUGUGACACAAGAAUCUCAAGAAGAGUCUGAGACAACUGCAGAAGUUGGUAGCACCAAGACUGGAGCUGGAAAAGUGUCACAGAACUUGCUGGAGCAGGCAUUGUUUAAAGCAGAAGAUGAACAGGAUGCUUGUGCUGCUACAAGAGCGAAGGCUGAAGAGGCUGCAGAAUUAGCAGAAUUUGAUGAAGGAAUUCCCCUGAGUGAAGAUGGAAAGGAAGAAGAGCAGUCCAAAGUAGAGGAAGAACUGUCUGCUCUGGAGAGCCAGAUGACUGCUGUGGAAAGAUAUGCAAUUCGGUUCUUGGAAUCAUCUGGUGCUUACAUUACGCUGGAACAAAUCAAAGCAGCUAAGGAUGAAGUGGAAAUGGCAAAGAAGGACUGGGAGCUUGGCCAUCUGCAAGCUUUGAAGAAGGAGGAAGAAAAAAGAGCUGCUGAAGAGGAGGAUGAAAUCUUGUACACAUACACACGAGAGGAAUCCUUGCAGAGAUCGUGUCAGCCGACCUACAUCAGUAUUUGACAGGAAUGGAUAUGAUCCAUUUGCGAGAGCUCGUCGCAGUUCAUUAAGUAAGAAGUCCAAAAUGAAACAAAUGAAGCAGCAGGUUGCACCCAGUAUAGUGAAACAGACAGACUACUCUCAGGGGGCUGGAGUUCCAGAAUGGUUGAUCCAUGAAGACUGGGCUUUAUUACAGGCUGUAAAUUCCUUGCAAGAAUUACCAUUGGAUCUUGCUGUAAAUGUUCCAAGUCAAACACCUAACUGGGACAUUGUCUGCGACAUUGUCAAUCUCACAAGUCGAACAUUCCGCUCAGCUCGACAGUGUCGUGAUCGCUACAUAAACAUGAUUAUUCCCAGAGAGGAGGGAAAAGUACCCUUGCCUGUAGUAGAGGAGAGCUUGAAGAAACUGAAGACAAAGUUGAAGUCAUUUUCCCAGCCAUACCUUACCCAACCUCACAGUCUACCAGUCAAGAUUAAAGGCACAAAUGGAAGAUCAUUCAAAACACAUCAUCUGCUGGCUCAAGAUGGUGGCCGCUCACCAACUGUUGUACGAUCAUCUGUAUUUGAACUUGUGAAACGCACUUCCCAAAAGAGAAAACCACCUCUCAAGCAAUUGUUGGUGGAUCCUCAACUAAAGAAUUUCAAACAUUCUGCUGUAUUAAGUGCUAGUGGUAUUUCAGAGGAGAAGACUUUGAACCCAGUUCAGCUGGCUGCCAUAAAAACAGACCGACUCAAUAGAGAAAAAGCUGCUGCUCAACAGCAACAGCAACAGCAGCAGCAGCAGCAGCAGCAGCAGCAGCAGCAGCAACAACAACAACAACCACAACAACAAAAUCAAUCAGUCACAACACCUACACAAUUACAACAGCCACAGGCCUCCCAGCUUCCACAGCAGACUGUGGCCAAACAGUUGCCAACCAGUGUGCAGUCACUACCUGCACAGAAAUUGACCACCACCACCCAGCUCAACUCCACAUCUGUAGCAACAGCAGCAGCACUUCAGAAAAGUGCAGCUCUUCAGGGAGCUACAGGAACCACACUAGCAUCAACUUUACUCAAGACAUCAGCUUCUGGUAUUGUACUUACCGGUCAGACUGUUCCAACCGGGACUGCAUCAAGCAUCGUGGUCAACACACACAAGGGUAAUGCAGCAGGUCUGAACUCCUCAUUUGCUACCAUCAACAAAAGGAUGCAAGGAAAAAUACCAACCCCUCUUCAAGUACAAACGAAGGUGUCUUCAGCUGGUGUAGCCACAGCAAGAUUAGUGCAGACUCAGCCACGUCAAGUUAGCGGUUCCCUGGCAUCGAGCACAGCAACGUCAAUAACACUAGGUGCUACCAACAGCAUGACACCUGCAUCAUCAGCAGCUGUGGUCAGUCAGAUCGGACUGCAGACUACUUCACCAGUUGUCACUGCAAGUCAUAACCUGCCGGUAGCACCACAGCAGUUUGUAAAUCAGCAAGGUGUGACGCUUACUUCUCAGCAGUUCACUCCUCAGCAAUUGGCAUUGCUUAAACAGCGGAAACAAAUACAACUGCAACAGGCACAAUUGAAAAAGGCACAACUAGAUCAACACAUGAAGCAGCAGCAGCAGCAGCAAAUGCGACGAAUUCAGAUUCCACAAGUUAACCGAGGACAGGUGACACAAGGGGCUGUUGCAUCAACUGCCAGCUCAAUUGCUAAACCAGGUACAGUGCAGCAACCUGGUGUACAACAGCAACAACAGAAACAGCAGCAGCCAAUUACAAACCUGCAGCAGGCUGCCCUUUUGCAGAAGACCAUCACACCACAGCAAUUUCAGCAGAUUCUGACCAAUCGGAAACUUGCACAGUUAACUCCUCAACAAGUUCAUCAACUUAAACAACAGCACCAAAAGAUUGCCAUAAGGCAACAACAGCAACAGGCUGUUGGAGGAGUGGCUGGUCUUAAAGGUGCGCAGGGAGGCCAGAUGGCUACUGCCUCUGCUGCAGUAACGACACCAAUGACAUCUCAGGCUCAGCUUCUUGUGCAGGUGCCAGGUACUGGUCAGGUGAAGAGUCAGGUGACUUCCCAGCCAAUGGUCAAGCUGGGCACUGCACAGAUUCGGCAUCAACCACAGCAGUCUCAGCAACCCCAGCAGAUGACUACAGUCACACUGCAGCGGACUUCACCGGCAAUACAGCUGCUUCAGAAACAACAGCAGCAGCAAGUUCAGCAGCAGCAGCAGCAGCAAGUUCAACAGCAACAACAGCAGCAAGUUCAACAACAUCAACAACAACAGCAAGAUCAGCAACAACAACAACAACAACAGCAACAUACAUACGCUAUGAGGCAGCGUAAACAUUAAAGAAGCUCUGUUGUUCCAUUCAAAGUUGACACUUAUUUGAAAGUAGUUUUGUAAAAUUAUGUAGCAACUGUAAAUUUUCAUCUCUUUUAGUAUUCAGGGUGAAAAAGUAUUUCACAAAAGUUUCAGUUAUACUUUCAUGUUAUACCUGAUAAAAGUGUAAAGAAAGUCGUUAUAGGAAUUUUCAUUGUCGCCAUGAUUAUAACCUAAUUUGAACUACUAUUAAUGCAUACAAAGGCUUUGUAUUAUAGCUCCACAAAGUGAUCUUUUGAUUCCCCGUUAUUGGAAUUUUGCUUCAGGUCAUGUUCUUACUUUAACCCUGAGAAUCCAAAGAGUGAUCAGUAUCAAAUUUCUUACAGCAAUACUGCUGAAUCAUUUAUUAAGGUCAUGGGAAUAAUGGGGAUGAUGGUCAAUCUAAGAGGCACUGGAUUGUUCACCAAAUUUUCCUUGUCAGGGCCCUUGGAGAUGUACAGAAAACAGUAUGGAUGAUAGGCAUGCUGAUGGUGCAAAGGGUUAGGUAAUUUUCGUAAAGUCUCGGGCAUUUUUUUCGUUUUUCUCUAUUUUUUUUCCGCUAUGAGACUGAAACUUGAGACGAAAACUUCUGUUGAAUCUAUUUUCAACACAUGGGGAAUUGUUGUUUUUCUUUUUUCUUUUUUUUUUCCUGCAAGGAAAGAAGGUUUUAGUGUUUAUAGUGUUAAUUUGUGUCCCAAUCUAUAGUCACUGUUGUAUUUAAAAGUUCGAUAUUGGCAAUUUGUUUUUCUUUCUGCUACGUCUUCCUGUGAGUAUGGAAGUAAGUCCUCUCUCUUCAUAUUAGUAAAGGAAGAGAACUGCGAGGGUGAUGAGCAAGUACUGAGUAAUUUGGCCAGUGGAUAUAAAAACACUUCACAAUUUUGCUCACAUCAUCAUUAACCUUAAUGUUUACCCCUUCUGUGUACAUUAUUUGGAAAGGAAAGUUCUGCUUUUAUUGGAAGAUGAUGGCAUUCUUUUUAAGUUUAUAUUUGCCAUUUAUUAUUACUUUAGUUUAAGUUACCCCUAGUCCAAGACAUUGUGAUUUUGAAAUCGAGAACAAUAAACAGUUGGUCUAGCGCA